AGGAAGUGCAUGGUCGCAGGAUGCAGGUGGCGAUUUGAAUGAUGUGAAACGUGAAAACUGUAGACUUUGGCAUAUGGCGUGGGUUUUAUACGCUUUAUAAGAGAGAUCUACAGCCACCAUGGCCCAGGUGCGGAUGAGAAAUGCUAAAGGGGCGAAUGCGAGUGAAAUAGAGAAGAAAAUUAAGCGCGGUAAUGCCCUGAGACAGAGCUCUGCGUGGCACAGCUCCAGACUGCUCCUGGCGCUCUUACUGGUAACUGCAUUUGUGUGUGGCGCCUCCCUGUGGCUGUACCUGGCCUCUGCAGACGGAGACAUUACAGAGACGCUGGUGAGACAUGGGGAGCUGGUGUCCCCUCAGCCCAGAGUUUACACUGUGCCCUGCUCCGAGGACUACGACCAGCACAAACGGUUCCCAGGCUGCACCCCUCAGAAGUGCGGUCGCGCGGUGACAGACGGCGUGGUGACCAGAGAAGAGGCGCAGGUACUGCGCAGGCUCGCAGAGAGAGGGCUGGCAUUGGCCGGGUCAGAGGGAGGCGCUUCCAUACUCGACCUGCACUCUGGGGCGCUGUCAAUGGGCAAGCAGUUUGUCAACAUUUACAGGUAUUUCGGGGACCAAAUCGACAAAGUGUUCACACAAGAGGAUUUCCAGCUUUACAGGGAUGUGCGCCGGAGGAUUCAGGAGACCAUCGCGCACACGUUUGCUUUGGACGUAAACGUGCUCUUCCUCACCAAGCCCACCUUCUUCUCCAGGAUCAACAGCACCGAGGCCAAGACGCAGCAUGACGAAUACUGGCACCCGCACAUCGAUAAGGUGACGUACGGCUCUUUCGACUACACGUCUUUGCUCUACCUGACCGACUACGGCAGCGAUUUCACCGGAGGCAGGUUCAUUUUCAUGGAUCAAGACGGCAACCGCACAGUGGAGCCGCGGGCAGGUCGGUUAUCCUUCUUCUCAUCCGGCUCAGAAAACCUGCACCGCGUGGAGAGGGUCACCUGGGGCACCCGCUACGCCAUCACGGUCUCCUUCACCUGUGACCCCGCCCACUCCAUCAUCGACCCCUCGCUGCCCGCCCCGUGAGGCACCCGAGGGCGACGCGCCGUCCUCCAGCUACCGUACACCGACCCUGGAACAGACACAGAUAAAUCGAUGAGGAUGUGAUUAAGAAGAAUGGACCCUCUUUUUUGCAGAGGGAUUUUUUUAUUCCCUUUUUUCCAUUUAUUGAUGAUUUUUACAAUUCUGAUUCAUAAACUGUAUUAUGUGGCACUGUGUUUAUGUUCAGAGUGUUUCAGCUGUAUGUUGGUUAGAAUAAUUUAUAUUGGUGACAAAACCGUUUUUUCCGAUACAGUGGUCCCUCAUUUAUCGCGGGCCAAAAAUAACUCGUUAUAGGCUAAAUCAGCUAAGUAUCAGCUUUAUUUUUUACAAUUAUUACAUGUUUUGCAGUUGUAAAACCCCUCAUCACACACUUUAUACUUUUCUCACACAUGCAUUAACAUUUUCUCACAUUUCUUUCUCGUUUAAACACUCUCAAAGUUCAAACCUUCGUAUUUUAUAUCCCUCUUCCUCGAUGAUCAGUUUAAAUUUGUUGUCCACGUGUCUCUGCUCCAGCAAUAUCUGCAGAUUUUCGUGCAGAGAAACACUUUUAUGUCCAAAGCGUUUCUGAAAUUUGUCGGUGCAGAACGUUUCAUCGACAUUGUGGGUUUUGUCAAGGAGAAAACUCGCAAACAUACAGCACUUCAGAGUCACACUGAUCCAACAUUUAUGUAAAAAGGUGAACCGUGAUAUAGCGAGGGACCACUGUAUACUAAAUCAACUAGAGAUGCACCAACCCAUCUUUCGCAAUUCCGAUGCCAAAUAUUGACACUUGGACUUUCUUUUCUGCCAUAACCAAAAAAUCAACCUACUGAAGUUACUUUCCUUAAAAAUUUGUGACAAUAUGUUCAUCAAAACAUCCUAACAUAUUAAAAUGUGUUACAGCUACUGCCUGUAAGUUUAUUUGUUUUCUGUUUUUUUCACCAGUAGAUGGCAGAUGUGAAACUUGUUCCCCUCUUUCCCCUCACCUGGCCUUUGGCCGUGUCUCAAUUUGCCAAAAUGGCCUUAGAAUCACCAUUGGAAGUGUGCGUCGAAGGGCAGUUACGAAAUUUCCGGCGCGACAAGGGCUGUCCCAAUUCAAUGCACCCUACUGAAUGCGCCCGACAACCCUGCCCCUCCCUUUCCACCGUUUCCAUGGAGAUCGAACGUAACCGGAGCGUGCAUCCGUGCACACUUCACGCACUUCUAUAUCCCAUCAUGCACCGCAACUACACAAAAAAAGAGAAGAAAAUGGAGUCCGCUGCGCAAUACACAUUCAAAUGUUCGUACUGGUUUACCUCAUUUACAACAGUGCGACAUGAAACUGUUAAAUCUGAAUAAAGAUAAGUACAGGCCGUGUGUUUGAUGAUUAAAAAGGAGGAGAGUUACAUGGAAUAAAGGAAUGUGCAGUUAUUGCUAGACAAUAAGAGACAUUAUUAUCAUUAGAAAUUAUUACUGCAAUAAGAAUAAUGUACGAAUGUUCGUUUCUAUUGUAAGCGUCAAAGACAAAGAGACUGAAACGUAAAGUCAGAAGGGUUUAAUGAUCCACACAGGUAAUGUGAACAAUGAAGCAACGGACUCUGAGGAAAGGACAGAAGAGAGUCCUGAGACGUGCACAAAAUCUUCAUGAGUUCCGGUACAUUCCAUAGGUCUGCACUCCCUCGUGGGCACGUGUCAUUUACCUUGGAGUUAGUAAAUCAAGAUACUAGCUUGAUGUAGCGCUGCACUGCUAGAAAAUACCUUAUAAUAAUCAGAUGAAAAGAACUCGUACGGCAUAGAAGGGAAACAGUGCCCUCUACUGUUAUUAAAGUGGUGUAGCCACUGGCCAAAAUACUGAACUAUUAAACUGCAAUAUCCCACAUUAUGUACAACUAAUCAGUGUUCUCUGGUUUAUAGACUAUGAAUGUAAAAAUUAUAUUGUUACCUCUCUGUUAUUACGUUUUCACAAGGUAUAUUUUGUUUAAGUUAGGAAGUAGCUACAAAUGAGUAAAAAAUCACCUUAAACGUUAUAUUUGCCUCUUUGAUAUUC